UGGGUUUCUGGGUUGUACUAUCGACGAGAUCCAAUCACUAGGGGCCCGGGCCGCCUAGAAGAGUCACUUUCAUUCAGUCGAAUUCUACUGGUUGGUAGAACAAGUUGCAACUUCCUGGUCUCUAAUUGUUAAGAUUCCGCUAAGAUAGCCUAGGAUGUCGCAUCUACGGGGUUUGGGGCGACUGCUGAUCGCCGUGACCUUCUUCACGUGCGGAUUCUUCGUCAACAUUGGCCAGCUCCUGCUGAUUCUCCUCGUGCGGCCCUUCGAUAAGAAGUUAUCCCGCAGUCUGGCCUACUAUCUGCACUACUCCUUCUAUUGCAUCCUUGUCUGCGUGGCGGAAUGGUAUGCGGGCAGCAAGCUGAGGGUGUACAUCGAUCCCCAGGACGAGCAGAAGUUCUUUGGCAAGGAGCACGGACUGCUCCUGAUGAACCACACGUACGAGAUCGACUGGCUGACCGCCUGGAUGAUCACCGACAAGCUGGGCAAUCUGGGAGGCACCAAGGCGUAUGCCAAGAAGAUGCUGCGCUAUGUUCCGGUUCUGGGAUGGGUCUGGUGGAUGGCCGAAUUCAUCUUCCUUGACCGCAACUUCGAGAAGGACAAGGUGGUGAUCAAGACGCAGCUGAAGGAGGUCUUCUCCUAUCCGGAUCCCGUGUGGCUACUGCUCAACGCGGAGGGCACCCGUUUCACACCCGCCAAGCAUGAGCUCUCCGUCAAGUUCGCCGAGGAGCGAGGUCUUCCCGUCCUCAAGCACCACCUCAUUCCGCGCACUAAGGGAUUCACGACCAGUCUGCCCACCAUGCGUGGCAUCUGUCCUGCCAUCUACGACAUCAAUCUGGCCUUCAAGAAGAAUGCCGAGCCUAAGCCCACCAUGCUGUCCCAGUUGAACGGCGAGCCCGUGGAACCGUACAUGUACAUUCGCCGAGUGCCACUGGACGUGGUUCCCGAUGGCGAGAAGGAGGCCGCCGCCUGGAUGCAGGACUUCUUUGCGGAAAAGGACAAGAUCAUCGACAGCUUCCACGAGACCGGCAGCUUCUUCAAGAAUUCCGGAGUCAAGGAGGUGCCCGAGAAGAUCUACAAGCCGCGCCUGAGCACGUUGCUCAACUUCUUGGGCUGGGCCACCUUUGCCGUCUUGUGCAUCCUGCACUACUUGGUCACCUCGCUGGUUGCCGGCAACUGGUUUGGCUUCAUCACGGUUCUGUCCAUUUUGGGAGGCUUCUAUAGCCUCAUGGAAUACGCUGUGAAUGCUUCGAAGAUCAGCAAAGCCUCUGCGUAUGGAGCAGCUGCUGCCAAGAAAUAGAUUUUCAUACCUGAGUUUUAUAAACUCUGCGACAGUUUUGGAAUAUACGCCCUAUAACUAACAACUCGACUGCACAGACCAUAGAAAUAUUAUGUACAUUGAAUAUGUACGAUAAACAAUUGUAGUUAACUGAAUAAAAUAACAUUUUAUGCGAAAUUUA